AACUUCAAUUUGCUUAACUCUACAAUCACGAUAGCGUGCACAACUUUUCUUUUCUCUUUUUGGUAAAGAACUUCAAUUUGCUUAACUCCACAAUCACGAUAGCGUGCACAACUUUUCAUGCAAAACUGCUCCACUCAAUUACAACUUUUCUUGAUGGAGAGGGAGACAGGGCUACCCUCACGUAUCUUAACAAUACCAAUACUUGGAUCCCUCGAGCCAAUGAAAUGUUCCGGACUGAUACUUCCAAUAUUCUAUCAUCCGAUAUUCACAGGCCCCUAGAAUAGGAAGGCAAAAGUCAAUCUAAAUUAAACCAGAGCAGAGAAUUCAACAUCCCAACAAGCCACACAUUUUCCCUGAGGCUUCUCAUUAUCCCUAUCCUUACGUCAUGGCUUAUGACGUCAGCAGACCAGGGUUUGUUUUGGUACUCUGUUUUUUAGCUAACACUCUAUUUAUUAAGCCAACGUCCAUAGGACACCACGCAAGAAAACCCUACGACCGGCACUUCUAAAACACUACAGCAUACACCACCUAACUCCUCCAUGGAUUCCAUUGCUUCCCUCCUCAAUGCUUCACGCCCUGCCGCUGCCCUUCGCAAGAGAUGGCGCAUCGCCUGCGUCGUCAUCCUCUCUUGCCGGGCAAUGCGAGCUCUCCCUCGGAGGGCUCUCGUCGGAGUUCUCCGAAGCCCUUCCUUCACUGCAAUCAAUAUGCAAUCCUUCCAUGAUGAAGAUGGAAGCAGCAGCGAGGAGACACCAUUCUCUCAUGUGGACAUGGGACGCUUGAUGAAUCUAGUGAAGGAGAAGAGCCUCGACGAUCUCCGACUUCUCGGAGGCGUCCGCGGUCUUGCUGCCGUGCUGGCUUCUGAUGUAGACACUGGAAUUCUGGGCAACCAUGAAGAUCUCCAACUCAGGCGUGAAACUUUUGGAUCGAACACCUACAUUCAGCCAAUCCCAAAGGGGUUCCUUCUGUUCAUUCUCGAUGCGAUCAACGAUGCUUUUCUUCUCAUUCUUGCUGGCUGUGCUGUGCUCUCUCUCGCCUUCGGUAUCAAAAUACAUGGCAUCAAGGAUGGAUGGUAUGAUGGCAUGAGUAUAUUUCUUGCCAUAUUUUUGGUAGUCAUUGUUUCAGCCUUCAGCAACUUCAACCAAGACCGUAGGUUCCGCAAGCUCUCGGCUGAAUCAUAUGUCAUCGAGGCUACUGUUAUCAGAGGUGGCCGUCGUCAAGAUGUAUCCAUCUUCGAUGUUGUAGUCGGGGACGUCGUCUGCCUCAAGAUCGGUGAUCAAGUCCCGGCCGAUGGGCUCUUCUUGGAUGGCCAUUCGUUGCGUGUUGACGAGUCGAGCAUGACAGGGGAGAGCAACCACGUAGAAAUCGAUGGUGAUAGAAACCCCUUCCUCACUGCUGGAGUCAAGGUGGUCGAUGGUUACGCUCGCAUUCUUAUCACCUCCGUCGGCAUGAAUACUGCUUGGGGUGAAAUGAUGAGCUCGAUCAGCCGCGACACCGAUGAGCGAACGCCAUUGCAAGAAAGACUCCAGAAGCUAACCUCAAGCAUCGGGAAGAUCGGUGUGACAAUUGCCUGCAUUGUCCUUGCAGUGCUCUCCAUCCGUUACUUCACCGGGGGCACCAAGGAUGAUAACGGGCAGAAAGAAUUCAACAGAAGAACAGCGACAUUUGACGAUGUGAUGAAUGAUAUGGUCAAUAAUAUAUCAGCUGCAGUUACCAUCAUAGUUGUGGCAAUCCCAGAAGGUUUGCCUCUGGCGGUGACACUAACUCUAGCUUACUCCAUGAAAAGGAUGAUGGAGGAUCAAGCUAUGGUCCGGAAGCUUUCGGCUUGUGAGACCAUGGGUUCGACCACCACCAUUUGCACAGACAAGACGGGCACCUUAACCUUAAAUCAGAUGAAGGUUGUCCAGUUUUGGGUUGGAGAACAACAAGUUGUAAGUGGUGUUGGGUUUGUGGCAAGAAGCAUUCUCGAGUUGCUUCACCAAGGAGUGGCCUUCAACACGGCAGGGUCUGUCUAUAAGCCGAACUUGGCAUCAGAGCCAGAGUUUACUGGUAGCCCAACCGAGAAGGCCAUUCUUUCUUGGGCAGUGAUGGAGUUGGGAUUAGAAUUUGAUGAAUUGAAGCAGAGCUGCACCAUCCUUCAUGUUGAGGCUUUCAAUUCGGAGAGGAAGCGCAGUGGAGUUGUUGUCCGGAAGGAAGAUGAAGAGAAGACUACCAUACAACAUUGGAAAGGAGCAGCCGAGAUGAUUCUUGCCAGGUGUUCGAGUUAUUAUGAGAGUGAUGGUACAGUCAAAGCAAUUGAUGCAGAGAAAAGAUCAAAGCUAGAACAAAUAAUAGAAGGUAUGGCAGCAUGUAGUCUUAGAUGCAUUGCUUUUGCUUGCAAACAAGUGAUAAGAGAAGAUAACAAGAUUUCUGAAGAAAAUAAUACCCAUAGACUUGAAGAAAAUGAAUUAACAUUAUUAGGAUUAAUUGGUCUAAAGGAUCCAUGCCGUCCGAGGGUGAGAUCGGCGGUCAAAGGUUGCAAAUUAGCUGGUGUAGAUGUUAAAAUGAUAACUGGUGACAAUAUCUUCACAGCAAAAGCCAUUGCUUUUGAAUGUGGAAUACUUACACCUGACGAUGCUAAUAUAGAUGGAGCAGUAGUAGAAGGACAAGAAUUUCGAAAUUACUCGAUGCAGGAAAGGUUAGAAAAGGUCGGUAGGAUUCGUGUGAUGGCGAGAUCCUCACCUUUCGAUAAACUCUUAAUGGUGCAGUGCUUAAAACAAAAGGGUCAUGUUGUUGCAGUCACUGGUGAUGGCACCAAUGAUGCCCCUGCACUGAAGGAAGCUGAUGUUGGAUUAGCUAUGGGGAUCCAAGGGACUACUGUGGCAAAGGAGAGCUCAGACAUUGUCAUCUUGGAUGAUAACUUCCAUUCAAUUGUGACAGUUUUGAGAUGGGGAAGGAGUGUUUAUAAUAACAUUCAAAAGUUCAUCCAAUUCCAGCUAACGGUUAACGUCGUCGCGCUUGUGAUCAAUUGUAUUGCGGCGAUUUCCUCUGGCAAAGUUCCUCUAACAACCGUGCAGCUUCUGUGGGUGAACUUAAUUAUGGACACAUUGGGAGCUCUGGCAUUAGCCACCGAAAGACCAACACAGGAGUUGAUGAAGAAACCUCCUAUAGGUCGGAUCGAGCCACUUAUAACAUGGGUUAUGUGGAGGAAUCUCAUUGCCCAAGCUCUGUUUCAGAUAAUUGUUUUGUUGGUGCUGCAGCUGAAGGGAAGAUCAAUUUUUGGAGUCAAUGAGAGGGUCAAGAACACACUGAUCUUUAAUACUUUUGUUCUUUGCCAAAUAUUUAAUGAGGUUAAUGCAAGAAAGCUGGAGAAGAAGAAUGUGUUUGAAGGGAUACACAAGAAUUGGCUCUUCUUAGGGAUAGUGGCAUUUACUCUGAUCCUUCAGGUGGUGAUGGUGGAGGUUUUAAAUAGAUUUGCAAGCACAACAAGGUUAAAUUGGGGCCAGUGGAACUUUUGCUGUGGAAUUGCAAUGCUCUCAUGGCCGAUUGGUUGGGUUGCCAAAUGCAUACCUGUUUCCAAUUAGAAGUUUGUGGCCUUCUUGAUCGUUAGGAUUUCUCUCUCAAGGGUGUUAUGGUGUUGUUUUGAUUCUUAAGGUAGAUGUAUUCAUGUCAUCUCUGUUUUGAUGUAUGUAUCAAUGAUUCAUGAAACUUAUAUUAUUCCGAACUUGAUGGAUUUGCUGAGAACUUGUCGUUUAGCUUGUGUGCAAGGAAGAUGAA